UUUCCCGCGGUUUGAGGCUGAGGUAGUAAGCUGUGGAUUGUAUAUGUGCUCCUGUUCACUGAGUACACUCCAUGUCCUGACAUUUUAUGACACUUAUCCGUUUGUUUUAGUCAAAGUAAAGCCGAAUCCUGCUGCGGAUUAGUCGUAGGUUCUUUUUAAAUCUCACUCCUGACGAGCGCGAAGUGUAUUUUAUUAGCAAUGCCUCCCAAAAGGCGCACCGCCGGGACCCCGAGCAGGGAGCAGAAGUCCGGCAGCAGGAAGAGCUCCUCUCCGGACACUAAGCACAACUCCGUUGUCACCCCAGAGAAGCAUGAAGAGAAGGAUCCUGAGUUCAUAACCCUCUGUAAGGACCUCUUGGUGACCAACUUGGUGUGUGAUAAUGCGUGGGCAACUUGGGAGUCGGUGGCAAAGUCAGCAGAGAAAGUAAAUGGCUCAAACAAGCCACUUUGGGGAGCAUGCAUAUUCAUUUCAGCAGUGGAUUUGGAAGACAUGUGCUUCACCUUUACAGAACUUCAGAAGGCAGUUGGACUGAGUUUGAAACAGUUCUUUAACCUAGUGAGGAAGAUGGAUGAGAAUUUGGACACCAUAAGCCCUAAAGUGAACUCUGCUGUCACAAAACUUGAGAAGAAGUAUGAAGUGUCACUGGCGCUCUAUCAGCGAUUUGUGAAGACAUGUGCUAAAAUCUACUCUGCGCCUGAUGAAGCUAAGAAACAAGAGCUUUUGCACACUAGCUGGAUUAUGUUCCUUUUGGCCAAAGGAACUGUUCUGCAGAUGGAAGAUGACCUGGUGAUAGCCUUCCAGUUACUUUUGUGUGUUUUGGAGUUCUGCACCAAGCGCUGCCCGUCUGCUCUUCUUCAGCCUCUGUACAGGUCAGCAAUCACUACAACAGCCCAGAGCCCUCCAACUCGGACUUCUAGACGUAGUAAAGCCAAGCCUCGUCCCCCUGAGGUGGAUGUGCAGUUGCUUGAGACACUCUGCAAAGAGAGCGACUGUAGCAUGGAUGAGGUGAAAAAUGUGUACCAAAGCAGUUUCUCUGCCUUCUUGGAUUCCAUGAACUUGGCAGGAUCACAGGAGCUUCCAUCUCAGGCAUGUGUGGACACUUUCUCUGAAGAAUAUGAGAAACUAUACCACAAAAACAAGGAUUUUGAUGCAAGACUCUUCCUGGUUGAUGAUGAGACGCUCAGCUUAGGCAAAGUGGACACUCCAACUGUGGAGAUAACUCCAAGAAAGAAUCAGUCUGGUGAAGAGAGCGUUCCCAUUCCACCACAGACCCCAAUCAGAGCUGCUAUGUAUUCGAUACAGCAACUGAGGGGUGAGCUGACCUCAGCCAGUGAUCAGCCCUCUGGCAAUCUUAUUGUUUACUUCAAGAACUGCACUGUGGACCCAUCAGAAGAGAUCACUAAGCGAGUAGAACAGCUGGGUCAGAUCUUCUGCCAGAAAUUUGCUGAAGCUGUUGGCCAGCGCUGUGAAGGCCUUGGCAAAGAGAGAUUUACUCUUGGUGUCCAGCUCUAUUACAAAGUCAUGGAGUCAAUGCUGAAAUCAGAGGAAAAGAGGCUCUCUGUGCAAAAUUUCAGUAAACUCCUCAACAAUGCUACAUUCCAUACCUCACUCCUUGCCUGUGCACUCGAGGUUGUCAUGGCAACUUAUGUUGGAAAUUCCCUGAAGAAUGGGAAUGAAAAUGGGAAUGACACUGACCUGUGCUUCCCCUGGAUUCUGGACGUUUUCCAGCUUUAUGCUUUUGACUUCUACAAAGUGAUAGAGAGUUUCAUCAAAGCAGAGCCCACACUAAAGCACAAUAUGAUUGAACACUUGGGCCGAUGUGAGCAGCAGAUCAUGGAGAGCAUUGCUUGGAAAGCGGAUUCUCCACUGUUUGAACUCCUGAAGCAAUCACGUGAGGAGGGGCCUGGUGAACAAGCGGAGCCUCCCGCCACUCUGAACCAGCCUCUACAGCACAACCACACUGCUGCUGAUCUGUACCUAUCCCCACUGCGGCCCAGUCGUCGAGUCCCAGCUGCAGAGGUAGAUACUUCAGCUGUGCCCUCAUCCCAGCCUCCUGUCCCAGGCACCAGACAACACCGUUCCAACUCUCUGAGCCUCUUUUACAAAAAACUAUACAGAAUGGCCUACCUGCGGCUGAAAAUGCUUUUCUCACACCUGCUGACUUCUCAUCCUGAGCUGGAGCACAUCAUAUGGACUUUGCUUCAGCACACGCUCCAGAAUGAGUAUGAACUCAUGAAAGACAGACACCUAGACCAGCUCAUGAUGUGCGCUAUGUAUGCCAUAUGCAAGGUAAAGAAUGUGGAUUUGCGCUUUAAGACGAUUGUGACUGCAUACAAAGAGCUUCCCAAUACAAACCAGGAGAUCUUCAAGCAUGUUUUGAUCAGAGAAGGCCAGUAUGACUCCAUCAUUGUCUUCUACAACCUGGUGUUUAUGCAGAAGCUGAAGACCAAUAUUCUGCAGUACUCCUCUCCUCGGCCACCUCCCCUGUCUCCUAUACCUCAUAUCCCCCGGAGCCCAUACAAAUACCCCAGCUCUCCCCUGAGAGUGCCUGGCGGGAAUGUCUACAUCUCUCCUUUGAAGAGCAGCCGCAUGACUCCAUCAGCCAUGACUCCUCGAUCCAGGAUCCUUGUAUCAAUUGGUGAAUCAUUUGGGACAUCGGACAAAUUCCAAAAGAUCAAUCAGAUGGUUAGCAGCACUGAUUGGUCCCUGAAAAGGAGGCUAGAAGGAGACUCCACCCCCAAACCACUGAAACGAUUACGCUUUGAUGUGGAUGGACAAGAUGAGGCUGAUGGGAGUAAAUCAAAUGGCGAGUCUACACUGAUCCAGAAGCUGGCAGAAAUGAGCUCAGCUAGGAGCCGCAUGCAGGAACAGAAACUGAAGGAGGAGGCUGAGAAAGAGGACCCCGAGCCCUGAUAAGUGUGUUGUGUUAUCCGAAGCCUGCAUUCAUUCUUUUUUUUUUUUUUUUUUUUUUUUUUUUUUUUUAAUGUUCACCAGUUUUAACUUUAUCCUAUGGGUCUCAUUUUACAAGUUACUUGAAGUGUCUAAAGAUACGUUUCAGAAAACCAAACCUGAGAGUGAAUACUAGUUAGCACAUCCGCAAGCAUAUUACAAACAGAUUUGAAGAGACAGUGUCAUAGGUUUAUAAUUUUAUAGGUUUAUAAUUUGGGGGUUAUUUUCAGCUGUCCCUGUAUCCCCCCCGAAGGAAAUGGUUGUCAUGCAGCCUGGAGACUUCAGAAGUGUUUUUUUUAUAUAUAUAUUUUUGUCAACGUUGAUUAGUUCCUUAAAGUCUUUUCUCUGUUCCAUGAUUCAGUCCGACUGAAAACUUCAAGCAUUAUGUGAGAACAGUGCGUUCAAAGAGGGACAAAAUGUGUCUCAGGAUAAAUGAUUAUUUUAAGGGUUGUUGAACAAUUUUCUUUACAUUUUUAAUAGCUUUUCAACAUAUUCAUGGUAAAUAUAACAUCAUCUACAAGUCUGACUACUAUAUUACACGUAUACAUAAGCCAUAAUAAGCAUAAUCAUGUAUAUGGUAAAGACAAUAUUGCUUUGUAAUGAAAGGGGAAGACAGAAACAUCCCUUGCACUCAUUGUGUAGCAGUGGUCUAGAGUUAUUCUAAGCUUUAGGCCUCUCCAAAGUAUAGAAUACCCUAAUUGCCUUGAAAUUCUUUCUAUACUAUGGACAUUGUGGAAGCUUCUCAGAAACUGUAUUUUUGUCCUGAAACAUUGUUUAUGUGGUAGGAUUAAUUGAUUCAGUGUUGGUUUUAUGAUAUGAAUGGGGAGUGUUUGUGUUUCUGUGUGCGGGCGCAUGUACAUGUAUUUCUUUUUAAUAUAUAACAUUUUUUAUUUGCUUCCUGGACAGAACCUUUUGUUAUUGAACUGUUAGUUAUUAGUAUUGAGUUUAUGUACUUCUGUCACUUUGUCAAAAAAAAAAAUCAGUUCAUCUACUGAGGUUUGUUAAUUACAGACUUAAGAUUGUUAUAUUAAUAUGUAUGACCAUCUUAAAUGAUUGUCUUUUAGAUAAAAUAAACUAUAAAAAUAUA